UUUCCCUAGCCCUGCCCCAUCCAUCUCUUAUUAAAAUGCAUUGUGAUGUUUUUACUGCAACUUUUCUCUGCUGUCUUUCCCCAAUGUAGAUCACAAUGAAGAUGGUGCCAAAAAUGCUGUCUCCUCUCGUCAAAGAAUGGGCCCCAGAGGCGUUUGUUAUUUCCUUCAAACUGGAGACGGAUCCCUUGAUCUUAAUCGAUAAAUCACGGCAGGCUCUGGAGAAAUAUCGUCACCAGGUGGUGGUAGCAAAUAUCCUGGAGUCCCGGAGAACCUCUGUUAUUAUCGUAACCAAAGACUCACAGACUCCGUUAUCUCUUUCUGAUGAGGAAAUAGCGCAAGGCAUGGAAAUAGAGGAAAAGAUAGUGAGCUAUCUUCAGGGCCAACAUACCGCAUUUAUAGAGAAGAAAGUCUGAGGACCGGCUCUGAAUGAAACAAGUAAAUUGUGCUAGAGAGGGAGUGGAACUGGAGCGAUUCUCUAUCCCGGGUAGAUAAAACAAUCCCCAGGGAAACACCGGGGGGAAGGCUGCCAUCCAAAACCGUGUAAGUUUUCUACAGCUUGGUACCGGUUAUUGUUGCUUGCUUUGAAAAAGAAAAAUACACUGAAGUGAAAACAUUCCAAAGGAUGAUAUUUGUUCUGGUGUCUAAAGAAGGAAAGGAUAUAUUGCUUUAUUUCUGUCCCAUGGGCUGGGAGAACCGGGGGGUGGAGAAAUGGUAUAUAUGUCUGUAUAUAAAAUAUUUUCUUG